AUGUUCGGCGCUCCCCAGGCUCCGCCCUCGGCCCUCGAGCUCGCCGCUGCGCGCCAGCAGGCGCACGGCACCAUCAAGACGUUCGCCACGUACGCCGCCGGCCUGUACGCUGCGCCGUACCUCUUCCACUACCUUGGCCAGCUCCUUGCCUGA